AUGUCCGAAUCGGAUUCGAUGAGCGAGUUGUCUGAUGUUGCCGACGAUGAAGUGGAUGAUAGUUUGAUGAUAGACGAAAGCGACUCAGAAAACGUGUCGAAUUCAAAACUCAGCAAGGGAAAUACCGUUGUUUCGAGUGAAGAAGAGGAUGAGGAGGACGGAGACGGAGAAGACAAUGACGACGAUGAGGACGACGAAGAGGAGGAGUUGGAGGAGGAGGAGGAUUAUAACCCUGAUGAAUACGACGUGGAUCUCAAGCUGCCUGUUGACGACGACGAAGAAAUUGCUGCCAUUGAUGAUGAGGACGAAGAAGAAGAGGAAGAAGAGACGCCUAUUCCCAAAGCCAAGCCAGCACAGGCUUCGAGAAGGCCUGCCAGGAACACCACCCAAGGUUUAGAUACUUCUUUGAUAGAAGAAAAGUCAGGAAGGGGUCAGCGCGCCCGUGGAAAGCCUAACUACGCAGAGGUAGGCUAUGACGACCUUUUGGACCAAGACGAUCAAGAUGACGACCAAGAAGACGACGAUGGAACGGGAUUGGGCGAUGACGAUUUCGAGGAAGACUGGGAGUCUGCCACUCCCGUGGCUGACGUUUCUCGUAUGACUGGAAGACAGAAGGCCAAAUAUUUUGGUACCACUAGCGAAGAGCCUGUUGCGGAGCCGGUUUAUGUGAUUCCGCCCUCGGCCGCAACGGCGACUUCCUCGGCUGCUGCUCCCAGACCAAGAAUCUCACAGGAGCUAUUGGCUCUUUCGAAUGAGCCGAUCAAGAAAAAGAUAUUGACAGAAGAGGAAAUCCAAUCCAGAAGGGCCGAAAACGCGCGUAAGAGGAAAAAUUUCAACGAAAAGAGACUGGAGGAAGAGAAGAGAGACACAUUGAACAAGCUCCUGAAGAAGAGAGCUACCAAGGUGAAGACAAAAAGUGCUUUACAGACCGAGUACGAAGAAGAAGACGAGAGAUCGCAUCGAGGUGCUUCCAGGAUAUUGGACAAACCAAGAAGGCCGUUGAUGCAACAUAAGGCUCUGUUCACAUGGCGGUCUUCGAUAAAAGGAGCUACGCCAGAAGAGAAGAAGGUAGAACUGGCUCUGGGGAUACCGAAUGAGGUGCUGUAA